AUGACGUACCUGGGUUCGUUCCCGGCGGGCGGCGGCGAACACGAGGCUCGCGUCGAGACCGUCUCGCGGCGUCUGCAUCUCAUGAAGGAGAGCGGGCACGCGGUACGUGUGUUGGUGGUGGUCGCGCUCUCAGGGGUCAAGGUAUGCGACCCCGAAGACCAGAGUGUGCGUAUGUCGCACGCGCUGCGCCGCAUCUCGUACGCGACGUGUGAGGCGGCGCGCGCGCUGUUCGCGUUCGUGGCGCGCGAGCCGCGCUCCGAGCACACGCACCAGUACUGCCACGCGUUCGAGACCGACACGCCCGACCAGGCGGAGGAAUUGAACGCGUUAGUGGGAGAUGCCUUCCGAAUGGCGUUCGCGUCGCAGCUACAACCCUCCGCGCCGCUCUGGAGUAAAGAGCUAAGUGGCGGUGCGUGCACGCGCGCUCCGGAUAGCCUUCCUGGCUUGACGCACCACUACCCUCAUUGCUUGGAUAGAUCUCCUCCACAAUGCGACAUAAUGGGUGGUUCGAAGCUAGACGCGGGCGAAGCAAGCGAACCAAGCGAAGCGAGCGAAGCAAGCCCGAGCUCAUCCGAGGAGUGGAACUCACCUACAGAACUGAGUUGCUACCGGCGGCUCGGGGAACGCCUGGAGCGCCUCGAGCGCCCGCCGCUUAUGAAGAGGCUCGCGCUGGGCUUAAGCGGAGCGCUGCUGCAGGCCUCCGACGACGACGCCACGCCUCUCGUCACUGACACCCCGACCACUCCUACAAAUGUCCCGUUAUGCCUGAACGGCGGGUACAUCAACGAGGCCUCGGAGGCGGAGGCGCGCACACGGGAGAGCAACCGCGUGCGUCGCGACCCGCUGCCUCUGGACCAGGAGACCGAUUUUAGGAAAUGCAAUAAUAUUAGUAAUGGCAGCCCGACUGGGGUAUGUGCCACCAGGCCGAGCACGGGCAGCGGCGCGACAUCGUCGUCCGGCGAGUCUUCGUGCUCCGCCAACAACAACAGCGCGCGCCCGCUCGAGCCCGAGCUGCGGCACGCGCCCUGGUUCCAGCAGGGGAUACCCAGAGAGAUCGCGCUGGAGGUGCUGGGCGCGGCGGCGCCGGGCGCGUUCCUGGUGCGCGGCAGCACGACGCAGGCGGGCUGCCUGGCGCUGUCGCUGCGCGUGCCGCGCGCCUUCGCGCCCGCCGGCAUCGCGCACUACCUCAUCCUGCGCACGCCCAAGGGGUACAAGAUCAAGGGCUUCACGAAGGAGUUCAGCUCGCUGUCGGCGCUGGUGACGCACCACAGCGUGAUGCCGGAGCUGCUGCCCGUGCCGCUGCGCCUGCCGCGCGCGCCGCGCCCGCGCCGCGAGCCCGAGCCGCUCGAGCGCCGCGCGCCCGCCGCGCCGCCCGCCGCCUUCCGCCCGCAGCUUGACGUCUGA